AUGAGGGUCUGGAAAAGAGUGGCAGUGCGAGACAAAGAGCAGAACCAAGGGGUUAGGAGGGCUGUGAAAGCUGAGGUAAGUCCCCUCAGCAAGUGGGGCGUGGUGGCCGGGCUCACAACAACUGCUGACUCGGGGCCUGAGGUACAAAUACGCCGGAUUAAGCAGGUGAAGAUACACGAGGAAUACGAUGGCCGUAUGCGUCAUGACAUCGCCGUGGUGGAAUUGACGAAGCCUUUUGAGUGCAACCCCUCCGUUCAGCUCGCUUGUCUGCCUGGUCCCACAGUGAAAGUGGCGCCUCUGAACUGCUAUGCUGCUGGCUGGGGUGCCACUGAGGCUAAAACUGUAACUUCACCAGCAAGACCCUUGAAGGAGACCAAGGUGCACCUCAUUGACACCCAGCUCUGCAACAGCACUGACUGGUAUGGAGGGAUAGUUGCAGACGACAACGUGUGUGCUGGGCACGCAAAGGGUGGCACGAACACCUGCCAGGGUGACAGCGGGGGGCCUCUCAUCUGCAAAGAUAGCAAAGCUGACAUCUUCUGGGAAGUUGGUCUGACCAGCUGGGCAAUCGGUUGUGCCAGACCCAAAAAGCCUUCAGUUUUUGUCUCCACUCAGUACUACUACAGCUGGAUCAUGAAACACAUUGGCCAGAGCUCAGCUAUUCCAGCACCAGUGCAAUCCUGUCCAUUCCCACGUAAGAAGCUGCUGCAGUUUUUUGAUCUGCUGCAGGAGCUCUUGAAGUUCCUAAAGGCAAAACCGGCUUGAGCAGCAGGAUGGACAGGCUGUGGUGCAGGCUUUAGUGAGCCCACGCUCCUCCUCUGCAUGCACACAAAUGCUGAUGUGGACUUAGUUGUUGUUGUUGAAAUAAAGUUGCCUGUUUUCACCAU